AUGAGCAAAUCUGACAGUGUCAUCCUGGAGACGGCUUCCGUCAGGUCGGCCUCCAGCACAGGCAAAUCCAACAAUGUCGACGUUUCCGUCGUUGAUCUCGAGUCGCUAAAGCCGGACUCCGACUCGCUCAAGAACAAUGUUUUCGAAAAGGAAGCCAACCUCGAUAGAGGCCUUAAACAGCGUCAUAUCCAGAUGUUGUCGUUGGUGGGUGUUUUCGGCACAGGUUUGUUCUUGUCGAGUGGAAAAACGCUAGCCUUGACAGGUAAUGUGGGAAUGUUGCUUUCCUACUUGUUCAUCGGGUUUCUUGUCGGUUUGAACCAAUUGGCCAUGAUCGAAUUAUCCUGUUUGAUGCCCGUGACAGGCUCCUACAUCAGACACGGCGACCACUUUGUGGAUUCCGCUUACUCCUUUGCAUUGGGCUGGAUCGGUGUGUACCAGCAUAUUCUUCCGAGUGAAAUUUCAGCUACUGCGGUGGUGAUGGGCUACUGGAGCGACUUGAACCCGGCCGUGUGGAUCACCGUUUUCAUUGUGGUGAUUCUCGCAUGCAACUCGUACAAAAUUCGGUUCUACGGUGAAGUCGAGUUCUUCUUUGGUGUGCUCAAGGUGCUUCUCAUUGCCGGUCUCAUCAUUCUUUCCAUUGUUUUGGACCUUGGUGGGGUCGCUGGCGUAGACAGAAUUGGCUUCCGUAACUGGAAGAAAACGCCAUUUGUUGAAUACUACACCGACGGAAACCUCGGCCAGUUCUUGUCCUGGUGGAAAGCUACCGGAUCCACCGUCUACGCUUUCGGUGGUAUCAACGCUAUUUCCUUCUAUGCUGGUGAAACUCAGAGCCCCAGACACUCCAUCUACACUGCCGGAAAGCGUAUUUUCUUCAGAGUGUUUGUGCUUUACAUCCUCACAGUCUUUGGUCUCACGCUUAUUCUUCCAGCAGACAAUCCAAAAAUUGCCAACACCACAGGCGACUCCACAGGCUCUCCUUUCGUCAUUGCCAUCCAAGACGCCGGCAUCAAGGGUCUCCCCAGUGUGAUCAAUGCCGUUGUGUUGACGUCAGCAUUUUCUGCAGCCAACAUGGGUUUGGUCCAGACCUCCAGAAACCUCUUUGCCUUAGCAUCCAAGGGUCAGGCACCCAAAUUCUUCCUCAAGACCAACAGAUUUGGAUUGCCCUAUUGGGGUGUGGCGGUCUCGGCUUCCUUCAUGCCCUUGGCCUACAUGAGUGUCAGCUCUAGUGCUUCUACGGUUUUUGGCUGGUUCCAGAACUUGACGAGUGCCAACCUUCUUUUGGUGUGGAUUGCCAUUGGCAUCAAUCAUUUGCACUUGAUGAGGGCCUUGAAGGUCCAGGGCUACAGCAGAGCAGAUUUGCCAUACAGAAUGCCCUUGGCCCAGUAUGCGGCGCCGUUCUCGUUGUUCUUCUUUGUCGUUCUUCUUUUGACAGGCGGCUACGAGAACUUCUUGAAUGACAAUUUCGACAUUUCCUCAUUCUUCAGUUCCUACUUUGUGAUUCCCCUUUUCACAUUUUUGUUCCUCUUCUGGAAGAUCCUCAAAAAGACCAAGUACAAGAAGCCUGAGGACGUGGACUUGAAGGUCUUGUUCAAGGAUAUCGAGGAGAACCCAGAGGACAUUCCUCCACCCAACCGCGGCUGGAGAAUCAUCAAAUACCUUUGGGAGUAA